UCUGGAAGUUUCGGGGAUCAAGAAAGUCAUAAGGCAUUAGAAAAAUAAUAUAAAAUCAUUACCAAGAUCAUAAGCAAAAUAUAUGAGAGCUUCUUUGAUUGGACAAGUACAAAUCCUGACUGAUAUACAAAAUCAAAUCACUGAAAAAAUAUUAUAAAGCUAGAACCUAGAAGUCAAGAGAAUGGGCUUGAUAAUCAAAAUAAGACGUGCCUAGAUAUUGCAUUACACUAACAGGAGAAAGCAAGUAAGAAAUGGAGAGACAAAACCUGGAAGGAGGAGGACUGCAAGCAACUUUGCUUGAAUCAAAGCCAGAUGCUACUGGAAUUGAUUGCAACAACAUGUUAACGCGGCGGCACGGUUCAUCUGUCACGGCAGUGCUUGUGUUUAGCACCUUGGUAGCUGUGUGUGGCUUCUUCUGCUAUGGAUUUGCUGUGGGCUACUCAUCUCCUGCUGAGUCUGGCAUCAUGGAAGACCUUGGCCUGUCAAUUGCAGCUUAUUCGGUUUUUGGUUCAGUAAUGACUGUUGGAGGAAUGAUAGGUGCCAUAUUAAGUGGCAGGAUAGCUGAUAUAUUAGGCAGGAGACUUGCAAUGUUAUUCUCUCAAAUAUUUUGUACCCUUGGCUGGUUUGCUCUAGUGUUCGGGAAGGAUGUUCUGUGGCUGGAUUUGGGAAGACUUUCUACAGGGGUUGGAAUUGGACUUAUCUCUUAUGUGGUACCUGUAUAUGUUGCAGAAAUAACACCAAAAGAUCUUCGGGGAGUAUUUACUGCAUUCAUUCAUUUGAUGAGUACAUUCGGGUUUUCAAUUGUAUUCUUCAUUGGAAAUUACAUUUCUUGGAGAACAUUGGCUCUACUCGGGGCUAUUCCAUGCCUGUUGCAAAUUAUAACUUUAUUUUUCAUCCCCGAGUCUCCAAGAUGGCUGGUAAAAGUUGGUAGAGAAAAGGAGUUUGAGAUGGUGUUGCAAAGCCUCAGGGGAGAGAUAGCUGACAUUUCUCAGGAAGCAGCUGAUAUUCAAGAAAGUUUGGAAACCUUUCACCAAGGCAACGGAACUAGAUUUUUGGAGCUGUUCCAAAGGAGAUACACAAAUAAUCUCAUAAUUGGAGUUGGCCUCAUGCUCCUGCAUCAACUAUCAGGAGUCAGUGGUAUGACAUAUUAUGCCAGUAGUAUAUUCAAAAAAGCAGGCGUUUCUGCUAGCCUUGGAAGUAUGAUAGUAGCUAUCGUAGCGAUUCCAGCAACAGUUGUUGGAGUCCUAUUAAUAGAUAAAGCAGGGAGAAGACCGCUCCUCCUGAUUUCAGUUGCUGGAAUGUGCAUCUGUUUCUUCCUUAUCGGAUUGGCUUUCUGUUUCCAGGAAAUUGCCUCCCUGGAGAGACUCACUCCUAUUUUAGUGCUAACUGGCUUUGUGGGUGCUUCUGUAGCUAACUCUGUAGGCAUGUCAGGAAUUCCCUGGAUUAUAAUGUCCGAGAUAUUUCCUAUGAAUGUCAAGGCCACAGCUGGGAGCCUGGUGACUUUUGUCUGCUGGUCAUGCUCUUGGGUUAUGACUUACACUUUCAACUUCAUGAUGGAGUGGAGUCCUUCAGGAACAUUUUUUAUUUUCUCAGGUGUUAGCUUGGCAAAUGGUAUAUUCAUAGCAAAGAUGGUUCCGGAGACCAAAGGACGGACGCUAGAAGAAAUACAUGUGACAAUUAGUGAUUCUUUCCACUGAUAAGACUAAUGCCAAGUAUUUAUAUUUGUAAACUUUGUGUUUUGUUUGGUGUAUCACAUCAUACUGAGAAUAUAUUUCUAUUUUUAAAACAUUCAUGAUAAUUAUACUUGAUUUUGUCU